GGAGAGAGAGCGAGUGAGAUAAAAGGAGAAGCAAAAAAUGCCUUGAAAACAAGCUUUCUCCUCUACCCAGAGGAUCAUGGCUCAGCUCAAUCUUUACUGUGCAGAGGAUGGUUGGGAUGAGGAGGAGGACUACCAAGAAGAGAGUUUCUCCUAUAGCAGCCAUGCCCCUUCUCUUCCACCUCCUCUUCACAAUCUCUCCUGCACAUUGGUGGACGAGCAGCUCUUCUCGGAACACCAUGAGUUGGUUUCCCUGUCAACAAAGGAGAAAGCCCAGAAAAAGCUUGGCCGGGACUACCUUGAGUCCUUAAGAACAGACCCUGUUCUGGCCUGUGCUAGAAGAGAAGCUGUUGAAUGGAUCCUUUCUGUGAAUGUCCAUUAUAAUUUUACAGCACACACUGCUGCGCUCUCUGUCAAUUUUCUGGACCGUUUUCUUUCUAGUUUUCACUUCCAGAGAGAGAAACCAUGGAUGACGCAGUUGGCUGCUGUGGCUUGUCUCUCUUUGGCUGCAAAGGUAGAAGAAACACAGGUCCCUCUGCUUCUAGACCUGCAGGUGGAGGAGGCCCAGUAUGUGUUUGAGGCGAAGACUAUUCAGAGAAUGGAGCUCUUGAUUCUGUCAUCAUUAGAGUGGAAAAUGCACCCUGUAACACCUCUCUCCUUCAUUGAUCAUAUCAUCAGGAGGUUGGGCAUGAGGACUCAUCAGCAUUGGGAGUUCUUUAGAAGAUGUGAACGGCUGCUCCUUUCUUUGAUCACGGAUUCCAGAUUUACACGCUACAUGCCAUCAAUUGUUGCAUCAUCUAUAAUGUUGUAUGUGAUCAAUCAGUUGGAGCCUUUCAACCCCAUGGAGUAUGAGAAUCAGCUUCUAGGUGUCAUGGAAAUAAGCAAGGAAGAUGUCAAAGAUUGUCUUCAACUCAUCAACGAUACGUCGAUGGUGGGAAGGCAGAAACGCAAGUCCCCUUCAGAACCAGGCAGCCCAAAAGGAGUCUUCGAUGCUUCCUUCAACUCUGAUGGCACAAAUGAUUCAUGGGUAUCAUCGUCCGCAUCAUCAUCGUCGUCGUCAUCGCCUAUGGGGUUACAUGUGAGUGCAUCAAAGAAAAGCAGAAUCGAUGAUCGACACCAAAUUUCUCCUUUCAACCAAGUAUUCGUAGAUAUCUUUCCGAGCCCACAACCCCUAUAAAAGAAUCUGAAAGAAAAAGAGGAAGAGGACUUCGGUACCAGCAUAUAUGUUCUAUCCAGUAUCCACCACUCCAGUUGCUGUUCUGUCCAUGUCUGUGUUUUCAAAAGGAAAGGAGGAAAAAAAAAAACAAUUUGUUCUUAGUUAUAUAUAUAGCUAUAUAUAAAAGUGCAUAAUAUCCGUUCCGUUGUUUA